AUGAAAGUCCAGGAUCCAGAUGCCUCUGGAGACUCAAUACCGGGGGAUGACAUUAUGCUGGUUGAGCGUGCCAAUUCGCGAGCUCGCCGCGGCAAAACUGGAAUUCUGUCUUCCAGUGACGAGCAGAGGAGAUUAUAUGGAAAAGCUUUGCAAGGAUGGAAGGAACAGGGGUACUUGUUCAAUAAUUGGCAGGAGAAGGAGAUAGUCAAGGCUGAGUGUGCAAACUCCGAGAUAUUCGUGCCGGUGGUUGGUAGCCGGAUUGACCGACAGAGAGAGACAGACUGUUCCAGGUGCAAGUUGCGACGAAUCCAAUGUGAUCGAACCUUACCCACUUGCCGCAAAUGCAAGUCGCGCAAUUUUGCCUGUCCAGGUUACGGGCCGGUUUUCAAAUGGGUUCAAGGAGUCGCCAGUCGCGGUAGACUAAGCGGCCGGUCAAUCCCCGUGCCCCUGGAUGCCGAAAAAGGGCCGGUCAAAAAUGCCAUCUUUCGUCCACUAUCUACCCAGCUGCAGGGUGAUGAAUGGCCCGGACCGACAGCGUACAUCCAAGUAAAUACUCCGGGAGUGACUCUUCUGUCUUACUUAUUGCAACAUUUCGACAAGCACGUUGCGACCAAGCUUGCAUGGGUGGAUGGACCCGACAACCCCUGGCGAAAUAUCGUCAUGCGACUGACGCAUACGUCCCAGCUGGUUUUAAACUCUGUCUUGGCCAUGGCAUCGGAAGAUCUUGUUCUUCGCUACGAGACAGGAACACCCCACGUGCGCCGGCUGCAGGCUGCUUCACUUGAAUAUAGAAGUAAGACAGUAUCUCUCCUCGGACAGCAACUGAACUCGCUGCCAAGAAAGGCUUUGGAAUCACCUUGUUCUCUGGAGAAAGCACGGUGUAUCUUAGCAUCCAUUCUACUCUUGUACAACGUGGAGCUGCUUACAGCAGAAUCUGCGCGUUGGCAAGUUCACAUCCAAGGGGCUGGUGCGGUCAUCCAGUGGAUGUCACAGGCCCUUUGUCGGCCCAGCUUGGAUAAUCAGGCAGAUGUCUUCCUGCUCUACGAAUAUUACUACCAUUCAGUCGUCAUGGGCCUGACAACCUUUGAUCCGCCGGCUGAAUUCACCAACCACAUCAAUACCUACGACUCGUUGACUGUUUUCAGCGAGUUUGUGCAGAUCAUGCACACCGUGACCCGAGCCGAGCGUGAACAAUAUGCUGGCAGUCCCAAUGCCACCACGCCAGCACUCGAAGACAUCACUCAGGCGAUCGUGGCGGCUAGAUCAAGGACUCUGCUGCUCAGCCAGCGGAUCAACUUCAGGUCACUAGAGGCGCAGCGAGAUUUUGAUCACCUUGCCUCCAUGUAUUACUAUGCAAGCCUGAUUUACAGCCAUCGAGUCCUGGGGAAAGGACCCUCCGCAGAACGCUGCAUCAUCACGUCGCGCGACGCAGUAUUGGAUCAUCUUUCUCGCUUGACGGAAGGGGCAUGUUUUGCCCAUGAUCUGGUCUGGCCACUCUUCAUCGCUGGAACAGAGUGCAGAGGCUGUCCGGCAGAACAAGCCAUGGUUGAAGGCGCAAUGCUAGCUGUGAUCCGGAUCAGUGGGAGAUUGGACCGCAACCGAGUGCUCUCCUUUCUGAAGACAUAUUGGGCAAUGGAAUUGGAGCCCGGCACGACUUGGAUCAAUCUCGUUCGUUCUAGAGCGGCUCAAAGCAGGUUUUUGAUCAUGUGA